AACUGUUUUCGCUGCCAGGGGGAUUUGAGUGUGAAAAUGGCGACGUAUCGUCGCCCUUCCCAGCAGCAACAACAACAAAACUUAUCCUCCCCACCAAGACCCGACCCCAGUCCCCUCACGCCUCCAGAAUCACCCUCAGACACCGGCGCCUCUGAGGCUGGUGGGGAGCCGGAAAGCAUCGGGGACCCGGAGAUCACUGCAGAAAUCCCCGCUCCGCUCCUCAGCACCAGCAGCAGCUCCAGCAGCACUAGCUCGCCUACCACCGGCGGGGGCAGUAGUGCGGUCUCCACUCCCGACUCCGGUAGUGCCAGUCCUGGAGACAGCGUCUGCGGCACGAGUGGGGCUUUCAGGGAGCUAUUUGAGGCCUGCAGGAAUGGGGACCUGUCUCGAGUGAAGAGGCUGGUGGAUUCGGUCAAUGUAAACUCAAAGGACAUGGCCGGGCGCAAGUCCACCCCGCUUCACUUCGCUGCAGGUUUUGGAAGGAAAGACGUUGUGGAACAUCUCCUGCAGACGGGGGCAAAUGUGCAUGCAAGAGAUGAUGGAGGUUUGAUCCCGCUGCACAACGCCUGUUCCUUUGGUCACGCCGAGGUGGUCAGCUUGUUGCUUUGUCAAGGAGCCGAUCCCAAUGCCAGAGACAACUGGAAUUACACUCCUCUCCAUGAAGCCGCCAUCAAGGGCAAAAUUGACGUAUGCAUCGUUCUGCUCCAGCACAACGCCGAUCCCAACAUCCGCAACACCGACGGCAAGUCUGCCCUGGACCUGGCUGACCCGUCCGCUAAAGCUGUUCUCACCGGCGAAUACAAGAAGGACGAACUCCUGGAAGCUGCGAGGAGCGGAAAUGAAGAGAAGCUCAUGGCCCUGCUCACGCCAUUAAAUGUCAACUGCCAUGCCAGCGACGGUCGUAAGUCGACAUCGCAAAAAAUGCUGUCUACUCCAUUGCACCUGGCAGCCGGAUACAACCGAGUCAGAAUAGUUCAGCUGUUACUGCAACAUGGCGCUGAUGUUCAUGCUAAAGAUAAAGGUGGUCUUGUUCCUCUACACAACGCCUGCUCAUAUGGACACUAUGAGGUUACAGAGCUACUGCUAAAGCAUGGGGCGUGUGUUAAUGCCAUGGACCUCUGGCAGUUCACCCCUUUGCAUGAGGCCGCCUCCAAGAAUCGUGUGGAGGUGUGUUCCCUGCUGCUGAGUCACGGAGCCGAUCCCACGCUGGUCAACUGCCACGGGAAGAGCGCGGUGGACAUGGCCCCGACACCAGAACUCAAAGAGAGGCUCACAUACGAGUUUAAGGGCAACUCUCUUCUUCAGGCGGCACGGGAAGCAGACAUGACCAAGGUAAAAAAGACCCUUGCUUUGGAGAUCAUCAACUUCAAGCACCCACAGACGCAUGAGACGGCACUGCACUGUGCUGUCUCCUCACCUCACCCAAAACGAAAACAGGUCACUGAACUGCUGCUACGGAAAGGAGCCAAUGUCAAUGAGAAGAACAAAGACUUCAUUACGGCUCUCCAUGUGGCAGCAGAACGGGCACACAACGACAUCAUGGAGGUUCUGCAGAAACACGGGGCGAAGAUGAAUGCUGUUGACACGCUGGGUCAGACUGCAUUACACCGGGCGGCUCUGGCUGGACACUUGCAGACAUGCAGGCUACUUUUGAGUUAUGGAGCCGACCCCGCCAUCAUCUCCCUGCAGGGCUUCACUGCUGCACAGAUGGGCAAUGAAGCUGUACAGCAGAUCCUAAAUGAAAACAUUCCAGUGAGGAACUCAGACGUGGAUUAUAGACUCUUAGAAGCAGCCAAAGCAGGAGACCUGGACACUGUGAAGCAACUUUACUCCCCUCAGAAUGUGAACUGUCGAGACCUGGAGGGCCGUCACUCCACACCGCUACACUUUGCCGCUGGCUACAACCGCGUGGCUGUGGUUGAGUAUCUCCUGCACAACGGUGCUGAUGUCCACGCUAAAGACAAAGGAGGUCUGGUGCCGCUGCAUAACGCCUGCUCGUACGGCCAUUACGAAGUGGCAGAGCUGCUGGUCAGACACGGAGCGUCCGUCAACGUGGCUGACCUAUGGAAGUUCUCUCCGCUGCACGAGGCUGCAGCCAAGGGCAAAUAUGAGAUCUGUAAACUGCUUCUGAAGCAUGGAGCAGACUCCACCAAGAAGAAUCGGGAUGGAAACACGCCAUUGGACAUGGUGAAGGAGGGAGACACGGAUAUCCAGGACUUGCUGAGAGGAGAUGCUGCGCUUUUGGAUGCCGCCAAAAAAGGCUGCCUGGCCCGGGUCCAGAAACUGUGCUGCUUGGAGAACAUCAACUGUAGAGACACACAGGGACGCAACUCAACUCCGCUGCACCUGGCAGCUGGCUACAACAAUCUGGAGGUAGCAGAGUAUUUACUUGAGCACGGGGCGGACGUCAAUGCCCAGGACAAAGGUGGCCUUAUUCCCCUCCACAACGCGGCCUCGUACGGGCAUGUGGACAUCGCGGCCCUGCUGAUCAAGUUUAACACCUGUGUUAAUGCCACUGAUAAAUGGGCCUUCACACCCCUCCAUGAAGCUGCGCAGAAGGGCCGCACGCAGCUCUGUGCUCUGCUGCUAGCCCACGGGGCCGACCCCACCAUGAAGAACCAGGAGGGCCAGACGCCGCUGGACUUGGUGACAGCUGAUGAUAUCCGGGCACUGCUGAUUGAUGCCAUGCCCCCUGAAGCAUUGCCUAGUUGUUUCAAGCCCCAGGCUACAGUGGUCAGUGCCUCUGUCAUCUCUCCAACAUCCACACCUUCCUGUCUGUCUGCCGCUAGCAGCAUAGACAAUCUGGCCGGGCCCCUGGCAGAGCUGGCUGUACCUGGAGCCUCAGGCCCUGCUGACGGAGCUACUGGAUCAGAGAGGAAGGAGGGAGAAAUUACAAUUCUGGAUCUGAACAUCAGUCAGUUCCUGAAGAGUUUGGGUUUGGAGCAUUUGCGGGAUAUUUUUGAGCGGGAACAGAUUACACUGGAUGUGCUGGCUGACAUGGGGCACGAGGAGCUCAAGGAGAUUGGGAUCAAUGCAUACGGCCACAGACACAAACUCCUCAAAGGCAUUGAGAGGCUGCUGGGCGGUCAACAAGGUGCCAACCCAUACCUGACGUUCCACUGUGCGAGUCAGGGCACGGUGCUGAUCGACCUGGCCCCCGAGGACAAAGAGUUUCAGUCAGUAGAGGAGGAGCUGCAAAGUACGAUCAGAGAGCACAGGGAUGGUGGCAAUGCUGGGGGUGUUUUCAGCAGAUAUAACAUCCUGAAGAUUCAAAAGGUGGUGAACAAGAAGCUGAGGGAGCGAUACGCACACAGGCAGAAGGAAAUCACAGACGAGAACCACAACCACCACAACGAGCGCAUGCUCUUUCACGGGUCACCGUUCAUCAACGCCAUCAUUCAUAAAGGGUUUGAUGAGAGGCACGCUUACAUAGGGGGGAUGUUUGGAGCAGGGAUUUACUUUGCAGAGAACUCCUCUAAAAGCAACCAGUAUGUGUACGGUAUCGGAGGAGGGACAGGCUGUCCCACGCAUAAAGACCGCUCCUGUUACAUCUGUCACAGGCAGAUGCUGUUUUGCCGGGUGACUCUGGGUAAAUCCUUCUUGCAGUUCAGUGCCAUGAAGAUGGCCCACGCUCCUCCAGGACACCAUUCCGUCAUCGGCCGACCCAGUGUCAACGGGUUAGCCUACGCCGAAUACGUCAUCUACCGAGGCGAACAGGCCUACCCAGAGUACCUCAUCACAUACCAGAUCAUCAAGCCAGACAGCACACCUCCAUCACCAGCAGCUGCGGAGCAGAAGUCCUAGUCCACAUGAAACGCUCAGACUGUUAACA